AUGGAUUCAGAAGAGGUUCGUAAAAGAAAGGAGUAUGCCGAAAGAAAGGUGAAAGAGAGACAUGCUGCUCUGAGGAAAGAAGCUGAAGAGAGGAGAAAGCAUACAAUUGAACAUCGAGAAAGAGUGCAGUCUGUUUUGAAGCGUGAGCAAGUGCUGCUUCAAAAACGAAUGCAGCAACUCAAUGAGGAUGAAGAACGGAAGAAAGCGACGUUGGCCAAACAACAUGAAGCAACGUCUCGCAUUGCGGCUAUUACGAAAUCACCAAAAUCCUUCGCAUUUGGUUCGUCAACUCCUCGCACUCUGGCUUAUUUGGACAAUCUGCCGAAGAGUGAGCAACAGUACGAUAAGAAGCUUCGUCCAUUAGAAGAUUCGAGCCACUUGACGAGUCCUACAUCUACGAGUUCCACAACGAAAAUGGGUCGAAUCACUUCAACGCCUCAACGUCCUCCACCAGCUGCGCAUCGUCCGGCUCCUACAAUGACAUCAAUGACAUCUUCGAUGUAUGUAACGUCAUCAGCUCCUCCAACUCGCCAUGGAAAAACAUCAAUAAAAUCAACCAUAACCAGUACGACAUCUAAGAGACUCUCGACAGGACCAUCUUCAAUGAUGACUCAAUCAGUAUACACUCCAAGCCGUCCUGCUACAUCAUCAAGGCUCUCUCUAGGGCCAAAUCCGAUUCGCGGAUUCACGCCAAAUUCAUCAAAACCGAGUCAUUCAGCUCGUCCAACACCUACUUCUUCCAACAACAGACGUUCUUUGGACACUAGGAAACCACCAAUGUCACGAAAGUCAGUGUUAGGACAUUCAGAAACUAAGAAACAAGUAAAAAUGAUUGUUGAUGAACCUGUUAUCGAAGAGCCGAAAAAUGUGGUCAAUGAAGAAGCUGUUAUACCUGAAGCUUCUCCAUUUGAAGAUAUUGUCGAACAAAAACCGGUGAUUGAAACUGUCGAGAACUCACCACCUUCUGCGAAUCUUGAUGAAAAUAAAGAUGCAGAUGAAAUCAAUGAGAGACGAGUUGAAACACCAGAAGUCGAAGACAUUCCGCGAGAGACUGAGGAUCGUGUUGAAAUCCCAGAAGCUACUCAAUCUGAAACUUUUGAAUCUGAAGCAAUGCCAAAAGUCGACGAAGAGGUCCAACAAAUCAACGAAGCGGUCAAUGGGGUUCGUAUUUCGGAAUCUGAUGAUGCGGAUGCAGCUUCGUCGCCCGAUGUUGCGAUGAAACAAGAGAAUGUGACCGAAGCACCAAUCGAUGUUUUAAUUCCUGUUUCUGAUCAUAUUGAUGAGGAAACGAAGAACGUUCCUACUCCAACUAUUGCAUCUCUACCACUUGAAGAUGCGCCAAAAACAGAAUUGAUCCAUGAAGAGACUUCAGAAUCUCACGUCGGAUCAUCCACCAAUACUUCUCUUGCUGACGAGCUGAUCAAUAUUGAGCUGGAUCAAAAUGUUUCAGAAGAAAUUGUUCUUCCUCCAAAGCCAGAAGUAGAAGAAUUGAAAUAUUCCUUUUCGGAUGAACCAAGAGUUGCAGUUAGACCUGUGGAAGCUGUCAACGACCUUGUUGAUGUGUUUGGAAACGAUUUCAUCAAUCAAAACCAACCGCAACGAAUUGUUCAGUUUGAUGAAGACACUGACAGUGGAAAAGCGUCUCCAACUUCAUCCGAAACUUCGUCAACCACCGAUGAAGUGACCCCGAGAAGUGUGUUGGAAGAAGCCAAGACGGCUCCUCGUGUUCUUCCACUAGUCCGAUCAGCUGAAGAUAUGGCUAGAAAAGAGAAAGAAGCCCGAGAAGCAGAAGAGCGUAAGAACAGGCUUGCUGCUAUCCUUGCAAAGUCCAGAGGAAUGGCUUCGCCUAUGACGAAUACGUUACCACCUACAGCAGCUGAUAUCAAAGAAUCUGGAAAAGCAAAUGAUGUCCUAGCUCGUGUGGCUGCGAUGACGAAUUCGUCCACAUUACAAAAGAUUCUGCAGCGAAAGCAGGGAAGCAACCCGUCACUUCAGACAUCUGAAUCAACGGGAGGUGAAAUCUACUAA